UAUAGAAAUAGUAAAGCAUGUUGAUAUGACCAGAGAGUCAAACUGUGUUAGAUCUAACAGUAACACCAGAUCUCUUGAUUUCUUCCCAGGGUUACCUUACACUGCUUCUACUUGUCAUAUUGAUGCUGAGUACAGAAAUUAUGCUGAUACUAACAAGUGUGGUUGCUCUCCUGAAGUUAAUCCUUCAUCAAAUGUUAACACUCGUAAUUGCACAAUAGCUGAUAUCUGCUGUCUCUCUCAAGAAAGACGUACAUUCAAUCCAUCAACAAACUGUCCUUUAUCCUGUGAUCACCUUACCUACAAUGUCGAACCAAGUUAUUCCAAAUUAUUUUCAGGCGACUCAUCUGAAAGUGCAGCAGAAUCUUUUGGCACAGCCAUAGAAGAAGUUGAAGCUAGCUUGCUGUCAGUUUAUAUUUAUUUUGAUGAAAUGUUGGCUACUCAGCUAUUCACUGAUUAUUCUUAUACAUUUGCUAAUCUGUUAGCAGAUAUGGGAGGUCUGCUUGGUUUGUUUACUGGAGCUAGUGUCAUUUCUCUACUGGAAGUGUGCAUACUGUUAUUUGAUGUGCUCAAAAAUCUGCUCCUUACCCGAGAAAUGAAGAAAGCCGUUGAAAAGCUGGAGAGCAAGAUAAACCUUCCUAAUGUGGAUGCUAUUACUAAGGAAGAAAUUGAAGAUGAUUAAAAAUUUAAAAUGACUUUAAUAAGACAUACUUCCUCCCUGCUUUAUUACAUUUUACCUCAGUCUCAAUUUUAAUCACUCCAAGCAUUUGCUAGUGUUAAUUUUAGCAAUAUGAGUACUCAAAUAUUUAGUAAUUAAUCAUUGCA